AUGGAGUUCAAUCAAACAAAUCCUCAGUCCGAUAGGGUGGGGAUAUCUUCCUCUGAGACUGCUAUGCUGGAGGCUCUGAUACCGGGAUACGCACUCUUCUCACGCUUCCUGCUGUCCUACCUCCAGAUCGAUCUCACGGUCUAUUUACAACAACUGGUCGUCCUGGUCGUAUUUGGCGCUGCCAUCAAAUACACUGUUGGCUACAUCUCCGAUUUUGUCAAGGAAUACCUCGUCUCAACAGCGGAGAUCCGCUUGGAUGAUGAAACGUUUAAUUACUUUAUGUACUGGAUCUCACGACAGCCCCACAUGAGACGCACGAACCGCUUUGUUGUUGGUGUCAAGUCCAAUGGCUACUGCAGUGAAUCGGAAGAUUCGGACGAUGACGACAAUCCAGACAAAGAUACUGGAGAGUGGGAUGAGCCUGGCAGCACGGAUGGUGUCUCCUUUGAUGAAUACUGGGCCAAGGUGAUCAGCCGUGACAAAUACAAGCCCCUACGCUUCACUCCAUCACAAGGUCGACAUAUAUUUUGGUAUAAGAAUCGGCCCUUGAUGCUAGAGCGGAGACACCAGACCAGCAGCCACCGCUACGUGCUAAACAACGAGCGACUCUACCUUUCUUGUCUCGGCCGCGAUGCAUCUAUUCUCAGAACGGUCUUGAAUGAGGCACAGCAAGCAUAUGUUCAGCGCGAUGGUAAUCGCACCAUCAUCUAUCGUGGUCACCGCUACUACUCUGGUGGUUCAUGGAACUGGACACGGUGUAUGGCCCGGGCGCCACGUCCUUUGUCCACUGUUGUCCUCGACCCUGAGCAGAAGCAGGAUUUCAUCGACGAUAUCAAAGAAUAUCUUCACCCCCGUACCCGUCGGUGGUACUCAAAUCGUGGAAUUCCGUACAGGCGGGGAUACCUAUUACAUGGCCCCCCUGGUACGGGCAAGACCAGUCUGUGCUUUGCUGCGGCAGGUCUUUUCGGCUUGAAGCUUUACCUUCUCAACCUGAAUUCAAGGGCUCUUGACGAAGAUAGUCUUGCUUCUUUAUUUUCUGAGUUACCCAACCGAUGCAUCGUUCUUCUCGAGGAUGUCGAUACAGCCGGGAUCACACAGACACGGGGCAAGACCAUUGCCGAUGUUAAGCCCAAGGAUGACGAGGGUGAGGAUGGUGAUAUCGAAGAGAUUCCCGAAGAGGCAGUCGAUGCCGUUGUCGUUGAUGAAGUUGCAUCCACUGCCAAGCCCGAUGGAAUCACCCUGUCAGGCCUAUUGAAUGUCAUUGACGGUGUCGCUGCCAGUGAGGGACGAAUUCUUGUGAUGACGUCGAACCAUCCAGAAAAGCUAGACGCAGCACUCCUUCGUCCCGGUCGGGUGGAUCUGAGUAUUGCUUUCGGCUUUACCAGCCAGGAGGCCAUCGAAGAGCUUUUCACGUCAAUUUACAUGGCGAUGGACGGUGACUCUCCUCGCACGUCUGCUGCCCAGCGCCUGAGCAAUGAACAUGCAAAGCUUAAAAUUGGUGGUGUUUCCAUUCCUAAUGGACAUAAACGGACCAAGAGCCAGGAGCUGCUGGAGAAGGUAGAGAGUGAAGAAAAAGCGCACCAGUCUUAUCUCCAAGAAUUGCGCCUUCGUAUAAAUACUCUGGCAAAAAGAUUUGCCUCUAUUGUGCCACCCGAUGAAUUCACUGCAGCUGAAAUCCAGGGAUAUUUGCUUAACCAUAAGAGCACUCCCGAGGCUGCUAUCAAGGGCGCUGGGACUUGGGUGCACGCCCUCCGGGAGAAGAAGAAGGCGCGCGAAGAAAAAAGCGUUUAG